AUGGUCAAGCGGUUUUGGAGAAAGAUCAACGAGGUGGCGGAGGGAGUAGGUUUGGGAGGGGGUGUCGACCACGAGGGAGGAGGCGAGGAGACGGCAGGCGCCGUGGUAGAGUACAGCGUCGAGGAGGAGGAGGAGGUCAAGGAGGAUAUAUCGAGGCAGGCUCAGCGCGGGGUGCGCGGCCCGGGCGGCGGUGCGAACGAGGACGAGGACUCGAGCUCGGGAUCGAGCUCCGGCUCGAGCUCGAGCGAUGAGUCGGUCGAGGACGACGGCGACGGCGCCGGACAUAGCACGGAGCGUACGGGGGAGCAUGGAGUGGCGUUGGGGGAGCAUGUGGACGAGCGGGUAGAGCAAAUCGAGCAGCAGGCAACGGGCGAAACUACGGCUGUCGAUGAGCUGGAGGGCGGUGCGGCUGCGCAGGAGGGUGGGGUCGGAGGGCAGCAGCAGGUUGGCGUGGCGGCUGCACAGGAGGGUGGGGCAGGAGGGCAGCAGCAGGAGGGCGUGGCGGCUGCGCAGGAGGGUGGGGCAGGAGUGCAGCAGCAGGAGUUUAGGGUGGCUGCUGCGCAGGUGGGUGGGGCGGGAGGGCAGGAGCAGGAGGGCGGGGAGGCGGCUGAGGUCGAGAAGGUCGCGGCGUCGCAGAAGCAGCUCGUUGCCGACGUGUUUGAAGGGGCGCGGGCGAAGAUCGACGAGAUGACCCGGAAGAUCAUCGAGGGGGUUUCAGCCGCCAUCACAAAAGCAAGCGAGGACGCUGUCGAGAAGCAGCUCAAGCAGGUCGAGGAGCGGGUGGUUGCUGCGGUGCUGAAGGGUUUCGAGAAAGCCAUCAAGGAGGACAUGUUUUACACUAACCUCCCACCUGAGACCAUGAAGGAGCUGAAGGACAUAGUGAGGCAAGGCUACCAGGAAGGCGAAGCUGGGCGACUGGAAGUCCUCACCGAAGCGAUGGUGAGAGGUUUUCAGCGAUCGACGGGCCCGUCGACGAGGUCGCGUCAGGAGGGUGUGGCUGGGGUUCGAUGUGGCGCUGAGCCUCGUGGUCACGAGCGGUCGGUUCCUCCGUCUUCUUCGGUGGGAGGACAUGUCGCCAAGCCCGUCGAGGAUAACGAGGUCAUCGUUCUUGACCAGUCGCCCCUCCCGAAGACCUCUGCAGCGGCUCCAAUCGCUCCGCCUGAUGCGUUCACUUCGAUGCGGGACAUGCUGCAGGGCCUAGGGAAAACGGGUGGGAAAGGAGUGGUUGCGGGGAAGAAAUUUGGUGCCCCGAACGUGCACGUCACCUCAACCGGGAAUAGAGCCUUUGGAAAUCGAGGUGCCUCUACCUCGUCCGGCGUCAGUGCGGGGAAAGGAGCGGGAGAGGCAACCGCUGGGUUGAUGUCGAAGACUAAAGGGGCAUCAGCUGCGCAGAGUGGUGCUGCUAGCCGAGCUGUCGAGCAUGUGGGAAAUUGGGCGUCGUCCUCAACCCCUCCAGCUGCUCCUGUCGCCACUACUCCGGCCCUAGGCAACGUUUGCCUUAGCGAUCCGGGCUCCCCUUCAACGUCGAAGAAGAAGCCUGCUGCGACAAAGUCGUCGAAGCGCUCUGCACAUGCGACAGAGAGCCUUGGGAUCGUGGAGAUGGCCAGCGUCCCUGGUCAGGCGCAUGUCGAGAAGACCACUAUUGUCGUUGCUGCUCGACAGGAAAAGUCGAAGAAGGCGAAGGUGAUGGGUUACACCCCACCUCCUCCCCCGGACGACCAAGGCAAGACGAGGGGCUGCAAAGCUCCCUUCAAAGGACAGGGUUUCGGGUUGCGGAAGGGGAAGCCAGUUUCCGAGCAGACCGUCGGCGGGAGGAAGCGGUUCUUGGGACACUUUGAAACGGAGAAGGACCAAAAGUUCUGUACGACCAUCUGCUGGCGCGUGUACUUCCCCGACAUCGUCCUUACCGAGUACGAGGCGUUUACAGCGCUGGAUGAGCAGGAGUGCAAGGUCUAUCUCGAUGCGGCUGCUAAAAUGCCAACCGGCGUUUGGAGCGUGGCGCAAGAACAAGGGCAAUGUCGUUUCGAUGUUUUCCAGUUGCUGUUGGCGACGGCAAAUAAGGAAGUUCGAGCUGGAACCGACUGGGGAAUCGCGCUGUGCGCGGCGAUUGGUAAGGUCGCGACGCUUGGCAUGAAGCGCGGGAACCUGAUUUAUCCGGUUCCUAAGGGCAUGGCGGCGACACCACACAUGAUGGCCAUCGCUGCAACUCUGGCGAGCUUGUGGGCGGCGUGCACGAAGUUGUCGAGGGAGGAUAUUAAGAAGGAUGCCCUAGCUGCCGCAAACGCUGCUCUCUUCGCCUCGGAGACUACGACCAAGGCUUGUGUGGCUGCCAUGGCCGCACUCGUGUCCAUACUUUUGCACGUCGGCAAGACGUUCCCGGCGAAGCAGUGGCCCGAUCAGCUGUAUUCGUCGGCUGUCGAAGGUCUCGGCUCGAUGGACCCUGUCCUGUUGCAGAUGGUGCGCGUGGCCGCACAGGUCUGCACGCAAUGGUGCUGCUGUCGAGCGGCUGCCCGCUUGCUGGAGGACGCGGGCUAUGGCAGCCUGGCAAUGCCAGAAGAAAAGAGCAAGGCAAAGCUGGGCGACGAGGAUGCUACGGAGAAGGAAACGGGCGGGCAAGGGGAGUAG